UGUCUGUGUCUUAGAAACGAUGACCAAAAGUGGUAACACAACUGGCGAUGGACUCGAUGUCCAUUCAAUGACGAGCCAAUCAAAUGGACAAUCAGACGGUAACACAUGUCAUGAAUGCCGUCAAGUGUUCAAUACUGAAGAUCUUCUUUUAGCGCAUUUGAAUCGCAGUCACAACUCUUUGGAUGAAAACAAUAGUCCAUUACUGGACACCGAAAUGAAUGGACAAAAUAUGGACUCGUUUUUAAGCAAACGUCUCAGAAGUAGUCGUAAAAGGAGUUUGUCUUCGGCCAAAGAUUCGGGUGAAUACUCGAUAUACUUUCCCCGAGUUGUGCCUAAAGAGGUGAAAACUGUGGAUCCGAUUGAAUGCGAAGAAUGUCAUAAGAUGUUGGCGUCGGCCACCGCUUUGGAGAUCCAUACGAACAAACAUCACAAGAAGGCGAUGCCAUUCGUGUGC